UCGAAUUCCGAAAUGUCGUUUUUAAGAGGAAUUUCUGCAUAUUUCGUUGCUUUUCUUACUUGUGUUGUUGUUUACGAACCUUGUGUUCAAGCAUGGAGCAAAGAGGGUCAUGCCAUGACUUGCAAAAUUGCUCAGGACUUGCUCGAACCAGAGGCACACCACGCUGUUCAAAUGCUACUGCCUGACUACGUGAAGGGCGAUUUGUCGGCACUGUGCGUUUGGCCUGACCAAGUAAGACACUGGUAUAGGUACCGCUGGACAAGCCCUCUUCACUUCAUCGACACGCCAGACGGAGCUUGCAAUUUUAAGUAUCAAAGGGACUGCCAUGAUCCGAAGGGGGUGAAGGAUAUGUGCGUCGCAGGUGCCAUCCGGAACUUCACCGAUCAACUCUCACAUUACCAUCAUGGGACCUCUGAUCGACGCUAUAACAUGACAGAAGCCUUGUUGUUUUUAGCACAUUUCAUGGGAGACAUCCAUCAGCCGAUGCAUGUUGGGUUCACAAGUGACGAAGGGGGAAACACCGUGGAGUUGCGCUGGUUCAGGCACAAGUCGAAUCUGCACCAUGUGUGGGACAGAGAGAUAAUUCUCACAGCCGCCGCAGAUUACUAUGGAAAGGACAUCAACCUCCUCCAACAAGACAUUCAAGGAAACUUUACUGAUGGGAGCUGGGCCAGCGAUCUUGCCUCAUGGAGGGAAUGCGUCGACAUAUCUUCUUGUGUGAACAAGUAUGCUGGUGAGAGUAUGGAUAUGGCUUGCAGAUGGGGAUACAAAGGUGUUGAAUCAGGGGACACUCUUUCAGAUGAUUACUUCAACUCGCGAAUGCCCAUUGUUAUGAAGCGGAUAGCUCAGGGUGGAGUCCGGUUAGCCAUGAUUUUGAACCGGGUUUUUGCUGGUCAUAGCAUUAGCCAAGACAUGGACGAAACUCUUGUUGCUACUUGAUUAACUAACCUCCUUGACUUUCAUCACUAGGCUGCGUGUCAAUUUCGUGUUUCAUUAUUUUUACGUAUGUCAUCUAACAUACUUCAUUUAUUACUCCAUUUCAAUAAUUUAUGUAUAUGUGUCGAUGAAAUGAAACAGAUCGAAUUCAGUAGAAUAUAAAAUAAAAAGAUAUCACGUUAAGGUGUACAUAA